UUUCGGUUUGCGCUAGAAUGUCGAUUUGUAGUUCUUCGGCCAAACUUUCGUUUUGCGGCGUUGCCAUCUAACCGCCGGUCGCUCCCUCCGGCCUCUGGAACCCACACAGCUUCGGUCAGCGAAAUCUCGUUCCCUCUUACUCUGAUCCCCAUUGCUCAUCUGCAUCUGCCUCAGCUUCCAGCCGCAGAUCGAUUCUGUGUCCGCCAUGGCUUCCUGGCUCAAGGUGGCCGAAGAUCUUCUAGAAGUUGUGGACCGAAGAGCAAAACUUGUUGUGGGUGAAUUGUCAGACGAGCAGUCUGAUUUACAAGUCUCAGCAUCCAACGAACGGGAAGUGAAAGCCCGAAAAUUAAAAUCUGAGGGCAAGGGUCAACCAAGAAAAAUUGUGGGUAGAAUUGCAAAGCCUGCUUCAGCAGAGCAAGAGCAGACUGCACAAGCAGAACUCAGCUUGAAGAUUGACAGAAUUGAUAAUUUGGGAAAUGAAAGGGGUCCAGAAGUUUCUGCCAAUCAUACAUCUGAAACUUCUUCGGAAGUUCUAUCUGAUGCUGGUAAAGAUAUAGAGAUAUCAAACUCUGCAUCUUCUCGUGUCCCCGAAGCUGCUGAACUUGAGAAUAAUAUUCAUGAACUAAAAGAGGCUCCUUCUGAGAACAAUGUUUAUAAAGCAUCUUCCACAACCAAAGAUACUACUCUUGUAGCAAAUUUAGGAGAUUCCCCCUCUUCUCUUUUAAACGGUGAAGCCCCUGUAAAUGUCAAUGGAAUUCAUCCUGCUGAUACCGUUUUUGAGGGAAGUGUAGCUGUUGCGGAUAAGAAUUUGACAAUUAAUGAAUUGAGAAGAGAGCGUGAAACUAAUCGAAAACAUGCUAUCAAUGAUGGACAGGAAAACGAGCCCUUUCCAGAAGUGUCACCAAAGACGAACAGACAGGUCGAAAAUAAAACGGAAUCAUCUCCAAUGAAAGUUCAAGACCAAAUUGAUGAGGCUCAAGGAUUGCUUAAAACUGCAGUUUCUUCGGGACAUUCAAAAGAGGCAAGGCUAGCCAAGGUUUGUGCUGGGCUUUCUUCUCGCCUUCAAGAGUACAAAUCCGAGAAUGCUCAGCUUGAGGAACUUCUUGUUGCUGAGAGAGAGCUUAGUAGUUCAUACGAAGCUCGCAUAAAACAGUUGCAGCAAGAUUUAUGUGCUGUGAAGGCGGAAGCAGCAAGAGCAGAAACAAAUAUGACCGAAGCCUUAGCUGCAAAGAACACUGAAAUUGAGUCUCUUGUUGGCACAGUUGAUGCCUUAAAGAAACAACUAUCUUCCUCAGAAGGAAGGCUCGCAUCUUUACAGGCAAACAUGGAAGCAGUUAUAAGGAGUAGGGAACUGACGGAGAGCAGAAUGAUUCAAGUUUUGCGGGAAGAGCUUGCUACGGUGGAGCACAAGGCUGAAGAAGAACGUGCUGCACACAAUGCUACCAAAAUGGCUGCAGUGGAAAGAGAAGUUGAACUAGAGCACCGAGCUGUUGAGGCAUCUAAUGCUCUUGCUAGGAUACAGAGAACUGCAGAUGAAAGCACAUCCAGAGCUAAUGAGUUGGAGCACAAAGUUGCUUUACUUGAGAUUGAGUGUGCAUCUCUAACACAAGAAUUACAAGACAUGGAAGCUCGCAAUCGACGUGGGCAAAAGAAGGCUUCUGAAGAAAAUAUUCAAAUCCUUCAGAUACAAGCAUGGCAAGAAGAAGUUGAGCGAGCACGGCAAUGUCAGAGAGAGGCUGAAAACAAAAUUUCUUCCAUGGAGGCUGAAUUGCAAAAAAUGAGAGUUGAAAUGGCUGGAAUGAAGCGGGAUGCCGACCAUUACUCACGCCAGGAACAUAUGGAAUUAGAGAAUAGAUACCGUGAGCUUACUGAUUUGUUAUACCACAAGCAAACACAGCUGGAGGCCAUGGCUAGUGAGAAGGCAGCAGCUGAGUUUCAGAUACAAAAAGAAAUAAAUAGAUUGCAAGAGACUCAGGUUGAAGCAGAAAGAAGCAGAGCUUCUCGUCGUUCUUCAGUAUUUUGGGAAGAAGACACUGAUAUAAAAGCUCUCGAACCUCUUCCAUUACACCACAGACAUAUGGCUGCAGCAAGCAUGCAGCUACGAAGAGCUGCAAUUCUUCUGGACUCUGGAGCUGUUAAAGCCACUAGAUUUCUGUGGCGGUAUCCGGUUGCUCGUGUGUUGCUGUUGUUUUACUUGGUAUUUGUGCAUCUAUUCUUGAUGCACUUGUUGCAUCGACUUCAGGCACAAGCAGAGGAUUUCUCCUCCAGAGAAGUUGCAGCAUCCAUGGGUUUUGGUAAUUCAGGCUUGCCAUAGGCUGUCCACACUUCUCAUGUGACAAUUAACCCCUCUCCUUACCUCUUGUAAAUUUUUUAUUAUUUUAUUUUAUUUUUGUGUGACGAACUGUCUUAUAUUUUUGUUUUUUCUCCUAACUUCAUAAGAGUGUGACAAUCAUCGAAAGAAGUAUACAAUCAUGUUUAUGAUAAUAUAUCCAUCUAG